CUUCUGGUUAUGUAGAGACACAACUGAAGCGUAAGUUAAAGAGAAAACAAAAGGGGGGAAAAUGUGUCACAAGCCUGGAUUUUUAUCUUGGCCUUAUAUUUGUGAUGUUUUCAUUUUGGUCAUCAUUAAAUAUAUCCAGCUCGCCAAGUAACCAGCUCAGCAGUGAGCCCGUGUCCACUGUGCCUGGUCUCCUCCCAUUUCUGUCGUCGAAAGAGGAAUUGUUAGCGUGCUAGCUCUCUGCAUUCAACUAUGCCAAUGGGCGGCUGAAGAUCAUAGGAAAGAGGAUGAUACAGCAACCCUUCAAUUGAAACAGUUGCGAAAUGGAUUUACCAAGCUGACAACCAAGAGGAUUAAAACCAGAACAAGGAUUUUAUUGCAGAAGAUGCCAGAGUUGCGUUUUCUUUAUUAAACAAGAAAGCAGACUAAUAUGCACUCCAGUUCAACAACGUUUGUCCUAGUGUGAUGGAGGUGAUGUCAUACAACAGUUUGUAUGAAAUUUAGCUUACUACUAUCGUUGUAUGAUAACGGAUAACGGAUGUUAGUCUCAAAAUAGAACGUGGGACAUAGAAAAAUGUGUUUAGAUAACGUAUGCGUUGAAUUGUGCCUAAAACGCACAUAGACUGCUGCAUAUAUUUCAGACAUGUCAGUUGACCUGGGAAUGUAUUUUAGCAUUGCAGCUAGCUUGUAGGUAGCUACCUGCCUAGUUAGCUUUGGAGUAUUUUUGUUAAACUUUGUACACACAACCGGUUCGAUUUAAUUGUCGCUGAUUGUUGCUAUGCGUGACUAUUAAAACGGGACUGUACUGUCAGUCUUUAAACCGAAGCUUGUGCGUUAACCGACAUUUUUUCCCUAAAGCACAGUUAUAUUUGCCUCUCUUUACUUUGUGAAGAGACAGUUUCAUGAAAUGCAUCACUCUGAAGCAACCGGGGAUUCCCCCGGGACCAGAAAGAUGGCGCAUGCAUCUGUUUUCACCAGUCGUACGGGCAGUAACAUGGGAAGUGGUGGAACGUCUGCCUCGUUGAACGCCGUCAACAUGAGCUGUAAUUCCAUCCUGAAUGAUGACCACCAGUCAUCACUAUUAAUCCACCAUACACCCUCCACUGGAUCAUCCUCACCAAGCCCUCAUCAUCAUGCUUCCACCAACUUGAACAUAUACACACAGUCUCAAUCUCACCAAAGCACUGGGGCCCAAGUUAAAAAAAAGAGUGGCUUCCAGAUUACAAGUGUCUUGCCGGCACAGAUAAGUGCGAGCACUAACAACAGUAUAGCAGAUGAUACAGAAAGCUACGAUGAUCUGGAUGAGUCACAUACUGAGGAUCUGUCCUCUUCUGACAUUCUUGAUGUGUCUGUGUCACGGGCCACUGACCACGGGAUUCCUGAGAGAAGUUCUUCAGAAGAAACACUAAAUAGUCUUCACGGAGGAGAGACUCCUGGAGUUGUAUCACCUAAUGAAGCAGUGAAUCCUCAUCUGCAGUCUAUUCAGCCAGGAUAUAUGGUGAAUGGGACUGUUCAUCACCAUAACCACCAUGCUUCUGGACAUUAUAAGGACCAGGGUAUGUCCUCAAUGGCUACACCACAACAACCAUUUCAAGGCAUACCUGUGUGCUCUGCAUUAGUACACAGCAGUGCUCAAUCUGCAGAUACCACUGUACAAUCUGUUGCUGUUGUCCAGAGUAGAACCCAAAGAUCAGCUUCAGUUCAAGCUGCUGCUGUUGAUGUUAGUGCUAGUGGAAAAGUGAACCAGGCCUUAUUUUCAGCAUCAGGCUCUGCAAGUGGUGCCAGUGGAUCAGAGACGUCCGGAGGUAUGACUGGGUCAAAUGCUGUUGGAGGAAGCCUCGUUGGUGCAACAGUGCCUCCAGGAAACAGUACAAUAGGAAUUGCAGUCACAGCUGUGCAGCCUCCUCCAGCAUCAAGUACCACUCAAAUUCAGGCUUCCACAGCCAUAGCGUCCCGUUUCAGAGUGGUGAAGCUGGACUCCAGCUCUGAGUCCUUCCGAAAGGGACGAUGGAUGUGCAUGGAGUAUUAUGAGAAAGAAGCUCUUGCUGCAGCUCCAUUUACAGAUGCAGCACUGACCUGUCGACUUCUGGAGAGCUUCAUACAUUCAGAGAGUGAAAGCACAAGUGGUGGUACAGGAGAUCAAGGAAUGCAGCCUACCCAGCAGACAUUUAUACAACCUGCUGUUCCUGUUGUUCACUCAAGUCUGUCCCAAACCACUUCCCAACUUCACACGCCUUCCCAAGAUGCUGGAAUGCAUACGCUUGGUUCACCACCUGUAGCCCCCCCUAACAACACACAAGUUGUUUCAGUCCCAAGUCUAUUAGGAACUGAGGGUCAACCUCCCCCUCUCAGGGCCCAACAGCAAAUCCCCUACAUUGUAGAAGGCCACACGGGCCAGUUGCAGAGUGGCUACCCUGUAAAUCAACAGCCUUCUAUGCUCAUGAACCAGGGUUUGCAGUCAGUAGAUUAUGCCCAGAUUUCACAGGGCAUCCAAGCCCCAGCUCAGUCUCAUCCAAUGCUGCCAGUUCAGAGUAGUUCAGCACCUACCCCAGUGCCUAGCCUUCCAGUUGGUACACCCACAUUGUCUGUCCCACAGCCUGUAUCUCCAAGGCCCCAAGUUCCAGUUCCACAGAUGGUGUUGGCCCAAGGAAGCACAAUAAAUCAGGUCCAGCAACAUCAACCACAAAUGCCCCCAGAGCAGCAACAGCAGGCCACUGCUAAUCAGCCACCCCAGCCAAUGUCCUCAACUACAAGUCAGACACCACCUAGUAUACCUUCCUCUCUGAGCAAUAUUCAACCAGGCAUUCCUCCAUCUCUCCCACACGGAGGUCCUGUUGGAGGCCACUCUGGUGGACUAAGUCUGACCUUGCAUCACCAGGGAGGCCAGUCCUCCCAGCCUCCCCUAACAAGAGGCCCUUAUAGUGGUGUAACACCUUUGACUGCCUCCCAGCUUGAAGAUGCUGGGCGUCUACUUCUCCAACACCAGUCCCUGCUUUCUCUUCCCCGGCUGGCAACAGGCGUCGUGUCGGGGCUUACUGGACAGUAUGGCUCUGAAGCAAGUGCCAGUUUUGGACAGGAGGGCAGUGCUAGUGGAGAUGCCGGCGCUUUAGCCACAUCUGCAGGCACAGAUGAGGACAGCUCUUCAGGUGCCGGUAUUGUGGCCAUAGACAACAAGAUUGAGCAAGCAAUGGACUUGGUGAAAAGCCACCUGAUGUAUGCAGUACGUGAAGAAGUGGAGGUACUGAAAGAACAAAUAAAAGAGCUGAUUGAGAGAAAUUCCCAGCUGGAGCAAGAAAACAACCUGCUAAAGAACUUGGCCAGUCCUGAGCAGCUAGUUCAGUUCCAGGCUCAGGUGCAGAGCACCUCCCCAACAUUGGGUACUCAAUCAGGAACUCUGGGAGCUCCACCAACCUCACAGAUCCAGAGUUUGGGUCCUCCACUGUAACUACCUCCUGAUAGAGUAAUGGAGGGCUACAGACCUACAGUCUCACCAAAAUAUAACGGAAGAAAAACAAUACUGUGAAUACUGUCAAGAAUGACGGCAAUAUAGCUUAACAUGCCACAGUCGCUGAGCCUAGAGGAUAUGCUUCUAAACUUUUUUGUUGUUUGCACAUGGUAAACUGUCAUAUGAUGUCUAUGUGCUGCUUGCUAAGAGCCAACCCCUCGAGAGCUUUACAUGCUUCAGACAAUCAAGACUGAGACAAAUGACAUGAAGUGGAAUGUAACAAAAGUCAGUCAUAGGGAAGGAGGAUAAAUAUCUUUUGGGAUUUGGGUCUAAUCAAUCGCACCUUUGCAUGCUCUAGAGUCUAUUUUGUAUUGUUCAUAUCAGCAGUGAGUCAGAAUCGUGCUGUUAUUGAUGUAUAAUCCCUCUUUUGUGACCAAUGAUUUUCUUUUUGUCUUAUUUGUGUUUAUCAUUUUUAAAUGAAAAAGAGAAGCACUUUCCAGUGAUUUAAAAUGAAGAAACAGGGAAAAAAGGACCAUUUCAUCCCAAAUAUAAAUCUGGAAUGGAAACUUAUUGUGAGGCUUUGAUGAUUGAUCAUUUUUUGCAGUAUUUUUAACAGCAAAUUUAUUUACAUUUGGGUAGUUUUCAGGCUUUAAAUUGAAUAGUGUUCAGACUUCAAUCUUAUCAUUUCUACCCUUUUAAGCUUGUGACUCAUAUGUCCUUAAGCAGGGGUUACAAAGUGUUUCAGUAGUGGGACAUGGGUGUUUGCCUGCUGCAAACCUAGGGGUAGAUGUCCACUAAGGGUUACUGGACAUUUUUGAAUGAAUUUUGUUUCUAAAAUAAAUGUUUGUGUAUGUGAAA